AGCAGCAGCGGCGGCGGCGGCGGCGGCGUUUGAGUGGAGGAAGAUGGCGGCUCCGGGCGGCUCUGGGUCCCGCCAGCUGUAAGGAGCCCCAGGGCGGCAAGCGCCGCUUGAGGCGGAGCGCCUCUGCUCUGGCCCUGUCCCCGGCUCCCUCAUCGCCGUCGCCAGCGGAGCGAACCCGAGAGCGUGGCGCGGGCUGGGCCAGCUGUUUGAGUGGAAUGUCAUGGCCAGCUCCUCGGACAGUGAAGAUGACAGUUUCAUGGCUGUGGACCAAGAAGAAGCUAUGCUGGAAGGGACAAUGGAGCAGGAUGAGGAGCCCCACCCAGCGCUGGAGGCUGAGGAGACGAGACAUAACAGGUCCAUGUCUGAACUGCCAGAAGAGGUUUUGGAGUAUAUCCUCUCCUUUCUUUCACCAUACCAGGAGCAUAAAACUGCAGCCCUUGUCUGCAAACAGUGGUAUCGACUUAUCAAAGGUGUAGCCCACCAGUGUUAUCAUGGUUUCAUAAAGGCUGUCCAGGAAGGACACAUUCAGUGGGAGAGUCGGACGUACCCUUACCCUGGAACCCCGAUCACUCAGCGGUUCUCACACAGUGCAUGCUAUUACGAUGCUAAUCAGUCUAUGUAUGUGUUUGGAGGCUGUACCCAGAGCAGCUGCAAUGCUGCCUUCAAUGACCUCUGGAGACUUGACCUAAAUAGCAAAGAGUGGAUCCGACCUUUGGCUUCAGGGUCCUAUCCUUCCCCUAAAGCUGGAGCAACUCUGGUCGUGUACAAGGACCUGCUGGUGCUGUUUGGUGGCUGGACGCGGCCAAGCCCGUAUCCCCUACACCAACCAGAGAGAUUCUUUGAUGAAAUACACACUUACUCACCUUCUAAAAACUGGUGGAACUGCAUUGUGACAACCCAUGGGCCACCUCCAAUGGCUGGCCAUUCCUCCUGUGUGAUAGAUGAUAAAAUGAUUGUCUUCGGUGGCUCCUUAGGAUCCCGGCAAAUGAGCAACGAUGUCUGGGUCCUUGACCUCGAGCAGUGGGCGUGGUCCAAGCCGAACAUCUCCGGCCCCAGUCCUCAUCCUCGAGGUGGCCAAUCUCAGAUUGUCAUAGAUGAUGCAACUAUCUUAAUCCUUGGAGGGUGUGGCGGUCCCAAUGCUCUCUUCAAGGAUGCUUGGUUAUUGCACAUGCACUCGGGCCCCUGGGCCUGGCAGCCACUCAAGGUAGAAAAUGAAGACCAUGGGGCCCCAGAACUGUGGUGCCACCCAGCUUGUCGGGUGGGGCAGUGUGUGGUGGUCUUCAGCCAGGCUCCCAGUGGGAGAGCCCCACUCAGCCCCAGUUUGAACUCCCGCCCAUCACCUAUCAGUGCCACUCCUCCAGCCCUGGUUCCUGAAACCCGAGAGUACCGCUCUCAGUCUCCAGUAAGGAAUAUGGAUGAAGCCCCUUGUGUUAACGGCCGCUGGGGAACACUGAGGCCCAGAGCUCAAAGGCAGACCCCCUCAAGUUCCCGGGAAGGGAGCCUUUCCCCAGCCAGAGGAGAUGGCUCUCCCAUCCUCAACGGUGGGAAUUUGUCUCCAGGAACAGCAGCUCUAGGUGGCUCUUCCUUGGACAGCCCUGUGCAGGCUGUAUCUCCUAGCACUCCAUCUACCACUGAAGGAUAUGACCUCAAAAUGGGACUUUCUUUGGCCCCCCGACGAGGGUCACUACCGGAUCAGAAAGAUCUGAGGUUAGGAUCAAUAGAUCUGAAUUGGGAUCUGAAACCCGCAUCGAGUAGCAAUCAUAUGGAUGGUAUGGACAACAGGACAGUUGGGGGAAGCAUGAGACACCCUCCUGAACAGACAAAUGGUGUGCACACCCCGCCACACGUGGCCAGUGCCCUUGCAGGAGCUGUCUCCCCAGGUGCCCUGCGUCGGAGCCUAGAAGCCAUCAAAGCAAUGUCAUCCAAAGGCCCCUCAGCCUCCGCAGCACUAAGUCCUCCUCUGGGGUCUUCUCCAGGCUCUCCCGGGAGCCAGAACCUGAGCAGUGGAGAAACAGUGCCCAUUCCCCGCCCAGGGCCUGCCCAAGGAGAUGGACAUUCCUUACCUCCCAUUGCCCGCCGCCUGGGCCACCACCCUCCUCAGUCCCUAAAUGUUGGCAAACCUUUGUACCAGAGUAUGAACUGCAAGCCCAUGCAGAUGUACGUGCUAGACAUUAAGGACACCAAGGAGAAGGGGCGGGUCAAAUGGAAAGUAUUUAACAGCAGUUCUGUGGUCGGACCUCCUGAAACCAGCCUGCAUACAGUGGUCCAAGGCAGGGGUGAACUCAUCAUAUUUGGAGGACUCAUGGACAAGAAACAGAAUGUGAAGUACUAUCCAAAAACAAACGCCUUGUACUUUGUGCGAGCAAAGAGAUAAUGUGUUCUAAACCCCUUUCCCUUUCUGUGGCUUUUAAUUUUCCAGCGUGCAAGCAUUUGGACUGAGAAUUGGGAAAACAAAGGACAGAAUUACUCCCAUAAACCAAAACCCCAAUUCCCAGCCUCACUCACUCCAGGCUGGGAUCAAAUCUCCAUUAAGAAAAAAAUUAUCUAUAAAUAUAUAAAUAUAUAUUCUAUAGCCGGCUCUGUUUACAGAGAGGGAGCGGUCUCCGUCCUGGUUCAGGUAAAUUUGUUGCUGUGUUUUAGCAGAGGCUGUGCUGCCUUUUUCUCCUUUGCUGGUAACUAGACCAAGAAUUUAGGGAACAGACUAAUGUCAGAACUUACCUAAAGCGACUGAAGAGCCCCCGUAAAUCUUUAUGUGGCCUUCUUGGAGUUAGAGAAAGAGCAUGUGUAAGGUGCGCAUGUGGGGCCUCCCGACCCACGAGCUCCAGGAGCUGGCAGGGUGAAAGGAGCCUGUAGAGAACUCCUCCUCUCUUCCUUUUAAAACCACACAGGACCGGUGCAGACUUCUCUUUGAGGUCAUGCCGUCUGCCCUUGGGACUGAGGAAAGUUACCCAACCAGGAAUUCUGUUCGUGUGUGUGCCAGGAUCACCGUGAGGCCGCAUUUACACAGAGACGCCUGUCCACCUAGUGUCCGCUGGUCUUUAGCGUGCUCCCUCCGUGUCUCAGAAAACAUAUUGGUGUCUGAUUUUGGAA